AUGACAGUUGUUGUGUUGUUGACAAAAGGUUCGAAGGCAAUCAAUCUUCGUCUCCAUGGGAUAUACCUGGACCCUCUUCACUUGCGGCUAUUCUGGAUACAGUUUUUACAAGUUCUGACAGCCAGUCGAGGAAUGAGGAAAUGGAUUGUGACCCCCUCUUUGCCGAAAGUGACGAUGAGGUCGAAGUUCUUCCAGCUG